UAACCUUUAAUGCCCUGUAUUACUAGCAGUCAAAGACAAAUCAAUCCAUAUCCCCUAACCUUCAAACGCUACAAAUGACUAUAGUUGCGACGAAAAAGUAAAAAGGUGGCGCUACAACUUCACUGUGCAGAUAUAAGACUGAAGCAUAUGACAACCUUGCGUGCACGUGACUUGGGGGUCCCAUUCCCCAAUCAUUUUCCAUUUCAUUUUCAUCUAAAAUCCUGACAACACGAGAACAUGGCCGGCUCUGUGGUUUGCUAUUUAAACCACCUCUCUUUCCCUCCGCACAGGCCUCUCGCUCUCUGCUCUCUAUCUACUUACCCAGCACAUACACAAUCCAACCUUCACAGUCCACACAGCCAAUAGAUACAGACAGAAGGAUGAAGCUGAGAGCAAAAGGCCUCGGCCUCCUGCUUCUCCUUGCCUUCCUUGCUCUUUGCUCCACCAUUGAUGUCAGCGAGGCAAGAAGAGGCAAGCAUUGGAGGCCUAGGAGCUCACCAGGCUCCUCACAGCUGAAGAAAGGCGAAGGAAAGAAGAGUAGCUCCCACAGGCAACAUGGCAACAACCGGCCAAGUCCGAAGCCUCCGGUCAGCUCAACACCAAGCCCUGGUGCUGGCAAAGGAAAUCAGAAUCCGUACCAGCCAAGUCCAACUCCGGAUGCCCCUGUCAGCCCAAGUCCAAGCCCUGCCAACAGCAGUAGGCAUCCGAGUCCCAAGCGGCCGACUCCAAGCUGUGGAAAGGGUCAUCAACAGCCAUUGCGGCCACCACUGCCACCACCUGCCUCACAGGGUGCAGUCUUCAACGUGGUUGAUUUUGGAGCCAAGGGUGAUGGAGUAACAGAUGAUACUAAGGCUUUUGAAGGAGCCUGGGCUGCUGCCUGCAAGCAGGGGGCAUCUACAGUUCUCGUACCACCAGAACUAGAGUUCCUUGUUGGGCCAAUUUCGUUCUCUGGGCCUUACUGCAAACCAAACAUUGUUUUCCAGCUGGAAGGAACAAUCCUAGCUCCAACCAGUGCUAAAGCCUGGGGUUCUGGCUUGCUCCAGUGGCUUGAGUUCACCAAACUAAAUGGAAUAGUAAUUCAAGGCAGUGGCAUCAUAAAUGGCAGAGGGCAACAAUGGUGGACCUACUCAGACCCAGAGGAUGAGGAUGAUGAUGACACUUACGAUGUGGAGCUCGAUAGAAUGCCACAGAUUAAACCUACAGCAUUGAGGUUUUAUGGUAGUUUCAACAUCUUAGUAGCUGGCAUCACUAUUGUCAACAGCUCACAGUGCCAUCUUAAGUUUGACAACUGUCAAGGAGUGAUGGUCCACGAUGUGACUAUAUCCUCCCCUGAGAACAGUCUCAACACUGACGGAAUACACCUGCAGAACUCCAAAGAUGUCAGCAUUCAUCAUACAAACAUGGCUUGCGGUGACGAUUGUAUCUCCAUCCAGACAGGAUGCAGCAACAUAAAUAUACACAACGUGAAUUGUGGACCAGGCCAUGGAAUCAGCAUAGGUGGACUGGGACGGGACAACACAAAAGCAUGUGUGUCAAAUGUUACAGUAAGAGAUGUCAACAUGUUCAGAACCAUGAAUGGUGUCAGGAUCAAGACCUGGCAGGGUGGUGUAGGAUUGGUUCAAGACAUAAGGUUCUCAAAUAUACAAGUCUCAGAAGUUCAAACACCUAUUAUUAUAGAUCAGUUUUAUUGUGACAAAAGCACUUGCAGAAAUCAAACAUCAGCAGUGGCAGUAUCAGGGGUCCAGUAUGAGAACAUCAGAGGAACAUUUACAAUCAAACCUGUCCACUUUGCAUGCAGUGACAGCUUACCUUGUUCAGGGAUCUCCCUUACCGGUGUGCAACUCAGACCAGUGCAAGUACCCCACUACCAUCUGAACAACCCAUUCUGCUGGCAGGCUUUUGGGGAACUCUACACCCCGACUGUCCCUCCCAUAGCUUGCUUGCAGAUUGGAAAACCUGCUGGGAACAACUUGCAGACAUAUAACGAUAUAUGUUGAUACACUAUAAGUGCCUCGUCUGUUGAUUGGUGCUUACCAUGAGUGGUCGUUGUGAUACAUCCGACCCCUUUGCACCAUUGCUUGGUUAUGUGCAUAUAUACAGUUAUUUUGAUGCCAUUUAUUAGAACUUUUAACAUACAUAUAAUCAUUUGAAUGGUUAUACAGCAAGAGUAUGUACUUGAGUUUUCCAAAUAUGAGUAAACAUGAUGACCAAGAUUGUCUUCUU